GGUGAUUUCCAAACUUCCUGGAUUCUUUUCAUUUAAAACCGUUCCUUCCGGAAAUUUGGACACCAAAGCGUUUCUUCACGACGAUGUUUCAUUUAAAGUGUUAAAAUGACGGUAGUAUCAAACGCGAUUAUAGCAUAACCUUUUACAGAGGCUAAUUCUUCGACUUUAUCUACAGUCAGUGAACGCGUGGGUACACUGUAUAAUGUGUCCAAAUAUCCCGUUCACAAUGAAAAGGACAGGGACCUACAGCUUUUUGUCAGUAUUCUCCUUCUUUGUCGUUUGUGCGUUUGUGUUUAUGUUUUUGUUUUUUGUGUUUUACUCAAUGAUGUACGCACCAUAAGUAAGCUAACCAAACUUGUUUUUUAAAAGUCGGUUGCUAUCAAGAAAUACCCAUGGUGCACCGCUUUGUGACGCCUUGUGCAAUCACAUGACCAAGGGAACGCGGAAGUAAGGAUCUCCCAAGUAGCCAUCUAGUGUCUUGAUGGCGACGUCCACCUCUGCAGACCUCAAGCUGCAGUUUGCGCCAUUCAGCAGUGCGCUGGAGGCGGGCUUCUGGCAUCAACUUACGCAGAGGAAACUCAAUGACUACAGGCUGGAUGAGAGCCCCAAAUGCAUCAAAGGAUACUACUACAAUGGUGAUCCGUUUGGUUUGCCCACCCGUCUGACCUUGGAGUUCAGUGCAUUUGAUGUAGAUGGGUCCGCCACGGCCCAUUGCUGUGAGGCUGUUGGAAAACUAUACAACACUAACACGCUGGAUGCCUUUAAGAGCACGGACAAGAAGGCUCUGCUGGACAAAGAGUCCGAAGAGCUUUGGGAUGCCAUGCGGUCCGGAGAUGCGCUCACAAACCCAAGCAUCCUCUGUAGGUUUAUUCUGCUGACCUUUGCGGAUUUGAAAAAGUACCAUUUCUACUACUGGUUCUGCUUCCCUGCUCUCUGUUUCCCAGAAGGGAUAAAGAUCGUAAAGAAGCCUUCUGUCCUGGAGACGGUUUUCACAGCAAAACAGAUCGCAGCCUUGCAGGAGGCCUAUGAUGGCCUGUGUAUCAAAGGCGGAACCACUUCAGUUCCCUAUUUCCUCAUGAAGUACACAGAUGAUGCCGUUCAGUUAGCCCCAUUAGCAGAGUGGGCGACAUUCUUUCCCGAUGCACAAAAGGUCGCCGUGGGUGUGUAUGAUCCGUGUACUCUGUCUCAACAUCCAGGAUGGCCUUUGAGAAAUCUACUGGUCCUCUUAGCUAGCCAGCGGGACGCAAAGGUGGACACUGUGGAGGUGCUGUGUUUCAGGGACCGAACCCUGCAGGGAAGCCGUUCCAUUCAGCAUAGCGUCGUUUUUCAGGUCAAACUACCUGAACUCCCAUUUGACUCUGCAUGUCCUAAGAGUGUUGGUUGGGAGAAGAAUGCCAAGGGAGCGAUGGGACCCCGAAUGGUCAACCUCAGUGAAUGCAUGGACCCCAAAAGGCUUGCAGAGUCAUCAGUUGAUCUUAACCUGAAACUGAUGCGAUGGAGACUAGUCCCUUCGCUGGACCUGGACAAGGUGGUCAGCACCAAGUGUCUUCUGCUGGGAGCUGGGACCCUAGGCUGCAAUGUGGCCAGAACUCUGAUGGGAUGGGGAGUGAGACACAUCACCUUUGUGGACAACGCAAAGAUCUCCUACUCCAAUCCGGUGCGGCAGCCUCUCUAUGAGUUUGAAGACUGUCUCGGAGGAGGGAAGGCCAAAGCCAUCGCCGCUGUUGACCGACUCACCAAAAUCUUUCCUGGUGUGAAUGCAGAGGGCUUGAACAUGAGCAUUCCCAUGCCAGGCCACCCGGUGAAUUUCUCCCAAGCCACUCUGGCCCAGGCCCAGAGAGACGUGGAGCAGCUGGAGAAGCUCAUCUCGGUACACGAUGUGGUCUUCUUACUAAUGGACACAAGAGAGAGCCGCUGGCUGCCCACCGUGAUUGCGGGUAGUAAGAGGAAGUUGGUGAUCAACGCUGCUCUGGGCUUCGACACAUUCGUGGUCAUGCGCCACGGCCUGAAGAAAGCUCGACAAAAUGCGUGCGGCGACGUGGAUUCCCCCCCUUCCUGUUCAUCCGCGUCCUCUUCGUCCUCCACGCCAGCCGGCUCAGCGUCCUCUCUGUUCUCAAACAUUCCCGGACACAAGCUGGGUUGCUACUUCUGCAACGAUGUUGUGGCGCCAGGAGAUUCAACCCGGGAUCGGACUCUGGACCAACAGUGCACUGUAAGCCGACCAGGCCUGGCCAUGAUUGCUAGCGCCUUGGCUGUGGAGAUGAUGGUGUCUAUUCUGCAGCACAGUGAAGGAGGCUACGCGGUGGCAAGCAGCAGCGACGACCGAAUGAAUGAACCUCCCACUUCGCUUGGCCUUGUUCCACAUCAGAUCCGCGGCUUCCUCUCCAGAUUCGACAACGUCUUGCCUGCCAGCCUGGCCUUCGACAAGUGUACUGCGUGCGCGCCCAUUGUCCUUGACCAUUAUGAAAAGGAAGGCUUCCACUUCCUGUCGAAGGUGUUUAACUCUUCACACUCCUUCCUGGAGGACCUUACCGGAUUGACAUUGUUACAUCAGGAAACCCAGGCAGCAGAGAUUUGGGACAUGAGUGACGAUGAGAGCAUCUGAGGAACCAAAAAUCUUGAAAAGAGGUACGUCACAGCCAUCACGAAUCUGUGUUUCGACUCACUCGGGAAGCCUUUCGAGAUGGAAAGACCAAAACACUCAUCUUCUGACAAGUUUCCACCAACUCCACAUCCAAACCAAUAGUUUAACCUUGAAUGUACCACUUCUAGUGUUUUGAUUGUGAAUCAGUAAUAUUUACACACUGAAUACUCACUUUUUUUUCAUUCUGUGGAAAACAUGUCUAAGACAAAUGGUGUCCGUUUGUAGUCAUCAGCAACCAAAUGGUGUGUGUUAUUCUAUCAUGGAUUUAUUUUGUGUAAUAAAACAAAUAUUAUUGCUA